AUGCGUGAUGGAUACACAAUUCCAUCUCAACAACAAGCUCAACCUCCGUGAGAUUAAUUUUUUCAAGUUUCUCUUUUUUUUCAAAACAUCUUUCGAAUUUAGAUCUCGAGUUUUAAAACGUGGAGAUACACCAUCAUUGACAUCCGUCGGCAGAAUUUCAGCUAUGAAUACUCUUCUCAAAAUUGAUAGGGAAUUUCAUAAAGAACACCAAUAAUUCAAAUGAGCCAUCUCCCACAAAACACUUUAAUAAACAUCUAUUAAGGUUGCGUUUUCUUUCGAAAUUUCAAAUUAAAAUUGAUGGUUUCAGGUUUCUCUUGAAGAAAAUGCACCAGAAACAACUGGCUGGUUUGAUAUUCCCUAUGAAAUGAGGAAAAUUGUGAUCGAUGAAAUGGAUGUUGAAACUCGAUGUAGAUUUGAAAUUUGUUCAAGAAAAUGUGAAGAUGAAACAAAAAUGUCGAAAAAACUUUUGACAAGAAUUGCAAUUCGACAGAGAAUUUCGGCGGAAAAUAUUUUUUGCUGGAAAAUUAUCGAUCAAAAUUCGACGUCUUAUCAAUGA